UUAAGCUAUACCUUUAUCUCUGACACGGCAUUUUACUUAUAGCCGUUGAUUGUGAGUUAUGCAUACUGCAUAAACGUUUUAGCAGUGUUGAAAAGUGUUUGUCUGCCAGUUACUUAUCGCCAGGUAGGUAACCUAUUCCUUGUCAGCGUCGUCGAAAUUCAAAGGGUCCGACAAAAUGUAUCAACCGGAAACAAGUUAUGAAGAUUUUUUGAAGUCUGAACAAGAAAAGUAUCCGGAAUUAAAUUUAAAAGACAUCGAGGUGCUAACAGAACGUUUGAAAGCAAAUGUUGACUUACCUCCUUUACGAGCAAAAUUAAUCGUCAUGUUCCUCCAUAGUAGUUACUUCAAUGUCGACGAGGCGUACAAAACAAUCACUAAUUAUUGCAAGUACCGUAAAGAACUUCCACAAGUUUUUGAAAAUUAUGAUCCAUCGUCUGAAGAGAUGAAACAGGUAUUCGAUAAUAUGAGUAUUUGUAUAGUGUUAAAUCCUAGUAGUGGCAAACAAGAGCGCAUCCUAUACACAAAUUUCAAAAAUACCGAUCCUCGAGAGUACGACUACGUUCGCUGUUGUAGGUACUUUUUUAUGAUGUUAGAAUAUUUGAUGGUUACAAGUGGUACUUUCGAUGGAGUGGUAUUGACAAUGAACAGUAAAGGCGUAAGUUGGCGGCAUAUCACCAAGACGCCGAUGAAUACGAUGAAAAGAUUACUCGGAUUCGUACAAGAAGCAUUACCAGUGCGACUUAAAGAAGUGCAUGUUUUAAAUGCUGGAUCGAUUAUUUCUAUGCUGUUUAGCAUAAUUAAACCGUUUAUGAGAAGUAAUCUUAUGAACCUGUUGAAAAUAUUUCCAGAAGAUUCGACAGACAUUUUCAAUCACAUGCCAAUCGAUUUAAUGCCGUUAGAAAUAGGGGGUAAUGGAAAAUCACAUUAUGAAUAUUGCGAAGAAACGUAUCAAAAAAUGAUUUCUGCUCGUGAUUUUUUUUUGUCCCUGAAUUAGUACUUCAAAUUUUAUUUUUAUUUUUAAUAAUGGGCUUACGAAGAAAUUUUACGGAGUAGAUAUAAAUUAUUAGUGUAUUUUAACAUUUUUAGUUGAAAUUAUAGAACUUAUUACGAGUAAAA